AUGUUUAUAGAAAAACCAAGUUUUUGUAUAGAACUUUCCAAACAUGAAAAUGCUCCUUAACAGAUUGUAUAAAAGCUCUUACUAUAAAAUCAGAAUACUACAAGUAUUUUAUAUGUAAUUAUUAAGCUUAAUGA